AUGGCCUCCAAAUUCCAGGGACCAAAUAUCAUGGAGGCAAAGGAACUUUUAACAGGACCAGGUUUACAUGCAUCCAAUUUACUAGGUUGGAUGCAUCGUAAGUUCCGCCAAAAUAGCUGCGACCCCCUCAAGGAUUUUGUCACUGGGCAGGCGUCGAUUGAAGAUCAACAGUUUAACCACCUAAAGCCAAACUAUGGCACGAAAUCCUUCAAACAAGGCCCAAAAGACCACCACCUUCGGAAGUCUUUCACUGGUCUAGAAGCAGCAAUAGUAGAAGAAGAAGACUACGGAGAGGAAACAUCAGCUGCAAUAUCUGAGCUGUUCCACGGCUUCCUCGCAAUUGGUACUCUUGGAGCUGACCAAGCAAUCGCUGAUCCCUCGACACCAACAUUCGCCAUCUCUGUUGAGAAUAUAACUGAGAAAGAAACAGAGGUGACAGAGAACGAUCUGAAGCUGAUCAAUGAUGAGUUGGAGAAGGUUCUGGGAGCUGAAGUGAAGGACGAUGGUUGCAAUUUUUCAUCUGGGAGAAACAGUCAUGUUAGCACUGGAAGAAGUAGUCAUGGAAGCACAAUUACACUUAGCGGUAAGCCAAUUGAAGGCGCAGAUCAGGCAAAUGCAGUCUGCCCACUCCAAGGAUAUCUUUUUGGGUCGGCAAUUGAAUUGUCGGAAACAACACCAGUAGCAAAGAAGGAACACAGGACAUCUCUUGGUGAGCUGUUUCAGAUGAGCAAAAUGGCAGAGGAGAAUUCCGGAACCAAGUGCGAGAGGGAGGAGAGACGAUCGGAGAAGGAAGCAGAUAAGUCUGCCAUGCACUUGAUGAAAAAGUUGCUCAAGAAAAAAAUGCUCCAUGCUUCUUCUCGAAGCUCAACAGAUGCUGCUGGUGGACCUCUUGAUUCUGCUUCAGCAGAGAAAAAGCUGCAUAAGAUACUGCAAAUGUUCCACAGGAAAGUUCACCCUGAAAACUCAACAGCAACCCAAAAGUCUAAUAAGCCCUACAAGACUGAAAACAAGAAGAAGAUAAUCAACAAUGGGGAUUACAACUAUGGAGAUCAGGUGUUCCCAGAUGAAGAAAUCAUUUCAUAUCCUAAACGAGCCCUUUUGAAGGAGAGCAUACGACGCUACAAGAGCCAAUCUAACCCGCCACAGUUCACACUUGGCAGCGGUGAUUCGAAUGGGAACAGGGAGCACUGGAUCAAAACAGAUGCAGAUUAUCUUGUGCUGGAGCUCUGAAAGGCAGAAGAAACAAUUGAGCGUGAUUCGUCACCCCUGAGCAGUUAGCAGUGAUAUCGUCUUUGUAAGAACCUCCUUGUUGGUGAUGGUUGCUAAUAGCAUAGCAAUAUGUGAUAAUGAGCUUGGGUUGAACAAAUAAAAUAAAAAAAGAGGCACACCUCUUGUAUCCGUGAGUGGGCAAUGUUAAAUGUAAGGUACAU